CGUGACUGAGUGGCCUGGGAAGCGGCGCCGGGAAAAAAAAGGAAAAGGCGGCGGCACGGAAAGUUUUAGGAGCUUCGCGCUCGUGGAAAGCGCGAGGUCGAUUUGGAACUCAUUAUAUGAUAGGAAAAAAACAACAACAGGAUCCUGCGAGGGACAAACCCGUGAAGUCCACUUCCUUUUCGCUUUCGAGAAGCAGCUACGAGUCCAAGGAGAGCACUCUCCUUGCUGCACCGAGGACCUUCGUGAUUCCGCCCUAACCGGCUUGCUCGGAGUCCCUAGUCUUUUCGUUCGGACGGAGCUGAUCUUGGGCAAGAAAACUCAGAGCUGCUGGCGCUGGAUUUAGGCUCUUCGAUUUAAAGCAAUACUGUGAGAAACUAUCUGAGAUUGUAUAAAAGAAUGGGGACCCCUGGCUCAGGAAGGAAAAGAACUCCAAUGAAGGACAGAUUUUCUGCAGAAGAUGAAGCGCUAGGUCAUAUUGCUAGAGAGGCAGAAGCACGCCUUGCAGCCAAACGUGCAGCCCGAGCGGAAGCAAGGGAUAUACGCAUGAGGGAAUUGGAACGCCAACAAAAAGAGCUUUCUCAGCGUUCUUAUGAUAGAAAAUGGGGACAUAUCCAGAGAUGGAUGGAAAAUUCUGAGAAGGCUAGCCAUUCAUUCCAGUCCAGCUGGCAGUCAUACCUGGGAGCAGGUGAUUUGGUAUCCUCUCAAAACACUGGUAGUCACGGGAGCCUUUCCUUAGAUGUCAGUGGGCCCCACAGGAAUAGACCAAGUAAUUUCAGGAAAAGAGAUCUAAUGAGCCAUAUUUACAGUGAUUCUUAUGGUGGGAAGAAGUCUUCUAGCUCUCGUAAAGAUCUGUUGAGUGGAUUUUAUCACGACCAGCGAAAUUAUAGCAGUCUUAGACAUAGCAAAGUACUUCCUUCUUAUCAACCUCGGUCAUCAUCUCUAUACAAUGAACCUCUGGCAACCACUAAGAAUUACGGGGCUUCUCCAGAUGUAAACACUGGUUUGAUAAGAAGUACCAGUUUGGCAUCAUUAUAUGAUGAUGGAUUGUAUAAAUCAUACAGUAAUCGUACUCCUUCAGAAUAUAGUUAUUACUCUUCAAGACCAAGUUCAGCACGAAGUAGUCCAGUGUCAAGUGAUUUUCAUCCUCAUGGGGAAACUGCAGCUGAUUAUUUUAGCCGCACUAAUCGUAGGGGAAGCAUUGUUUCUGACUUGGAUGAUGUCAGCAUUCCAGACAUGAGCAAUCUUGAAGAGAAGACUGACAAACCAUAUUCUGAUGUAUACACAAGGCCAGCAUCUCGCAAUUCAGCAACUCCUUUAAGUGAAAAUUCUUCUAGACGAGGAAGCGGAGAUACAAGCAGCCUAGUUGAUCCUGAUACCUCGUUAAGUGAAUUGCGGGAUAUCUAUGAUCUUAAGGACCAGAUACAAGAUGUAGAGGGGAGAUAUAUGCAGGGACUUAAAGAACUAAAGGAGUCACUUGCUGAAGUUGAAGAGAAAUACAAGAAGGCCAUGGUUUCUAAUGCCCAACUUGAUAAUGAAAAAAACAAUUUAAUCUAUCAAGUGGAUACUCUAAAAGAUGUCGUUGAGGAAAGAGAAGAGCAAUUAGCAGAAUACUACAGGGAAAACGAAGAAAAGAGUAAGGAAUUGGAAAGACAGAAACAUAUGUGUAGUGUUCUACAGCAUAAAGUAAAUGAACUCAAGGAAAGCCUUUGCCAAAGAGAUGAACUAAUAGAGGAGAACCAGCGCAUGCAGCAGAAAAUAGAAUCUAUAUCCAAAGAGGUGUUUGACCUCCAGGAGACAGUUAAUUGGAAAGAUAAAAAAAUUGGGGCUCUAGAGAGACAAAAAGAAUAUUUUGACUGCAUUAGAAUUGAGCGAGAUGAGCUCAGAGAUGAGCUGGCUGAUAUGAAGGAAACAAUGAAGAGAGGAGAGAAACAUGGAUUAGUAAUAAUCCCAGAAGUCACUCCAAAUGGUGAUAUUAACCAUGAACCAGUAAUUGGUACAAUUACAGUUGUAUCACAAGAAGCUGCUCAAGUUUUGGAAUCAGCAGGGGAAGGACCACUAGAUGUUAGGCUACGAAAGCUAGCAGGAGAAAAGGAAGAGUUAUUAUCACAGAUUAAAAAACUGAAAUUGCAAUUGGAAGAGGCACGGCAGAAAUCCUCUAAGAAUGAAAGCACAAAUUCUGAUUUAACAGGACUGGAAAAUGGUUCUGAUUUGCAAUUAAUUGAAAUGCAGAGAGAUGCCAACAGACAAAUAAGUGAUUUCAAAUUUAAACUUUCAAAAGCUGAACAAGAUAUAACUACUUUGGAACAAAAUGUUUUAAGACUUGAAGGACAGGUGGUGAGAUAUAAAAAUGCUGCAGAAAAUGCAGAAAAAGUAGAAGAUGAACUGAAAGCAGAAAAGAGAAAACUUCAGCGAGAGUUAAGAACAGCAUUGGAUAGGAUAGAAGAAAUGGAGAUGACCAACAGUCAUUUAGUGAAACGGUUAGAGAAAAUGAAGGCAAAUCGAACUGCACUGCUAUCUCAACAAUAGAAAGGAAACUAAAGAAUGUGCUGCUCCUUGAAAUGCUUGAGCUUAUUUUAAUAUAGACUUUCCUUGGCAUAAAUUUGAAAACAAAGCUGUUCAGUGAGUUUGUUUCAUAAUUAAGUGGCAAAUAUUUUAAUUUGAACAAAUGGGAAAUUCGCUUACAUCUCCAUGCCGUUGAUGAGUUUUAGCAGCUUAAUUCAAAAAUCUGAUGGAGCCCAAUACUCUAUGGUUGACUUACUUUAUAUAAACUACUAUUUUUACACUUGUGAAAUCAAGUUUAUUCUCUGAAUUAUUUUCAAUUGCUUUAAUGCUUGGUGCUUGGAAAAAAAUGCACAAAUUCAAGAGUAUGCUUCACAACAAACUAACCAAUUAUGUGCUCAAAAUCCUCACAUGGUAUACACGUGCCUUUAAUAUAGUGCAAUGAAAUUAGAACAAAAUAUGGAAACAAAUACCAUUUAUUUUAAAAUACAAUUGGAGUCUUGUUUGCUAAAUUUUAUACAUUUUUAUGGAACACUUUUGUACAAUAUUUAAAUUUAUAUAAAAUAGAAAUUACUGUAUAAAAUCUGCUUUAUUGCAUGGUGAUGGACACUUGAAAUUUCAACUAAGACCUUCCCUAUUCUUAAUGUAAGAGUGUGCAAGAUUUGUUAUUUAGUGUGUGAAACCUGAUGUGUGCGAUGCUUAAGUGAGGAGUGAAAUGUGGGUGGGAGAAAUGUGACAGGUAUAAACCUAUUAAAUGGACACUGCAUA